GACCACAAAUUUUGUUUUACUUUAACAAUACUUCCCAACUCCUUUUAGCCACUUGCUUGUUGCACUGAACCAGAGCACUACAAUUUGAGAACAAACAACAACAACAAUGGCAAUAAUAAUAACAUCACUCAUUUAGCCCUUGCUGUGCACCAGGCCCUGCUGGAAGCAUUUCACAUGGACACUGAAUUUACAAAUUUAGCAAACUAAGGAAAGCCAGUGUGCAUUAAAAGAAAUCAUCUUUGUUUAUUUAAAAAAGAAAUUACAUGUAGCCUUGAUUAUGAGCGUUUUUCUUUUAAUCCUCGCAUCCACCCUAUGAGCUUGCUAAAGGACCUCAGAUGCUCUAUAUUAAUAUUAAUAUAUCAACUCCCAUGCCUAUAAAUCCUCCCUGAAUCCAUUGUACAGAUUAAGAAACUCAGUAAUCUUUCCUCGGGUAUCAUAGUUUACAAAAUAAAAUAAGCAAUGUACUGAAUGUAAAUGUAUUAAUAAGAUUUCAGGAACAAUGGCCCAUACUGAAUAAAACCAGAAAAUUGGCUGGUGAAAUAUGUAAUAAAUAUUCAACACUCUAAAUCAUGAAUGCACAAGACACUAGUUCUUCCUAUAAUAAUACGUUAAAAUAUCAUUUUGGGGUUUUUUGUUUUGGCAAUAUCCCUGGUAUUCUGAAUCUACACUUUAUGUAAGCAAUGAGACUAUGAAUACUAUAUUUACAUAUGAGGGGGCCUGGAACUUACAUAUUUCCAUACACAUCAGCUCAACAUACUGCUACCAUUUGUGACUGCUCUUUCUCUUUUUGUAAGAAGGUGAAUGAGUAAAUAAUAGUAAUAAAAAAGCAAACAUGCUUAAGUUAAAGGCUUUGCUUGUCAUUUUGAUAGUUUACUACAGUACUGGUGUAUGAAAGGAAAUCAAAUUAUUUAACCAACGAUAUUUUUAUUCAUACACAACUAUUAUUUCUAGUAAGCAGUCCCACAAACUGUUUCCACAAUAUGAAAGAGAAUAUAAUGAAACAGCAAUGAAACAAACUUCUUUAUCACUGCUUUUGAUAAACCCCAGAAGUACAUCAAUGUGAUCAACUUUCAGUUAUAAAUGAUUAAUUGUAUCUACAACAUUAAAAAUAUCUGAUAGACUGUGUCAUUUCAUGACAGGACUAGUAUGGGACUUAGUUUUUCCCAAUUCUGUUCUAUUAUUCAUUUUUUUAAAUCAGCUCUUUAACCCUGCAAAGAUGCAAACUGGUGAUAUAAUGAAUUUGUCACUGUUUUAAGUAAAUAAAAAAGGACAAUCUCUGCCGAUCAUUCCAGAUAUGUGUUUUACCUCAAUCAUUGUUUAUGCCUGGUAAGUCAUGAGAGCAAAGCCCAUUCAGAUAAAAAGAUGUUUGAAGUCAUUUGUACAUAGGGAAAUUGUUUAUUGCAGUGAAAUCCCAAAAGGCUUUGCAAAAUUUCAGUUGGUCAGGUGAGCCAAGAACUUUCUAGAAGUUCCAAUGAGCUUUCUGGCCCUGUGGGAGUCCUUAGGUUAAGAGUUGCGCAUAAAUUCCCUAAGGAAAUUGAAAUGAGUAAUUUCUUUAUUUCACUAGGCGCCCCAGAAAGGCCGUUCCGCCCCGCGAGGAAAACGGAGCCGUUGGCCAUGGUUGCAACGGGCAGUCUGAGCAGUAAGAACCCGGCCAGCACCCCGGAGCGGCCGGACCGCGGCGGCCACCCCGGGAGCCUGCUGAGCGAUUUUGACUACUGGGAUUAUGUUGUUCCGGAACCCAACCUUAACGAGGUAAUAUUUGAGGAGACAACUUGCCAGAAUUUGGUUAAAAUGCUGGAGAACUGUCUGUCCAAAUCCAAGCAAACGAAACUUGGCUGCUCCAAGGUCCUUGUCCCCGACAAACUGACCCGGAGAAUUGCUCAAGACGUCCUGCGGCUCUCCUCCACGGAGCCCUGCGGCCUGCGAGGCUGUGUGAUGCACGUGAACUUGGAAAUUGAAAAUGUGUGUAAAAAGCUGGAUAGGAUUGUGUGUGACUCUAGCGUGGUGCCUACUUUUGAGCUGACCCUCGUGUUCAAGCAGGAGAACUGCUCGUGGACUAGCUUCAGGGACUUUCUCUUUAGUAGAGGUCGCUUCUCGUCCGGCCUCAGGCGCACUCUGAUUCUGAGCUCGGGAUUUCGACUUGUUAAGAAAAAACUUUACUCACUAAUUGGAACAACAGUCAUUGAAGAGUGCUAAAAACAACAAAUUUAAAAAGAUUCUUCCAUGAUUGUGUAAUAAAGCAAUGCAGCUAGUCAAUUAAACUCAUCUGUAGCUUUCCCCACGUGCCCUCAAUAAGAAACCCCAAAUGUGGCCCAUCUCUGCGUUUUACAUUCAUAGCAACUACAGCUGAAGGGCUGACUUUGUGGCUUUUGGAGAAAUGACCCAGGAGAGUGUACAUUUUCUGCAUAUAUCACAAUUUUUUACAGAAUGGAUUGGAAUAAGGAAGGAAAAUAAGCCAUCCAUUUUCAUUUUAUAUUUGACUCCUCAUCUUUGUCCAGAUGAUCUUGCUAAAUAGACUGUACAAAUCAUAUUUGCCUACUCUGAUUUUCAUAUGGCUUUUUCUCCUGUAAGUUCUCAAAGUGAUCCUUCCAAUCACAGACCCUUACUAAAUGAUGCUUAGCUCAAAAAAUAUAACUUCCAGAAGCCCACACUACCAAUUUCCUACUCAAAUUUGAAGUGUUCUUAGACAGGAGGGUAGAAGUAAGUGGGUGAGUUUAAUUAAAACUUAACUGUAGGUAAGAGUGAAUGAGAAAUGUCACAGUGGCAAAAGAACUACUUCACUGUCUCUUGCUUUCCUCCAUGUUUUAAAGUGAGGACAAAAGCUUGAGCUGCUCUUGUAGCUACCAUGGUAUUGUUUUAGAUAACUUUAUGGUGCAAUAUCAGCCCAGUUUUCCUAGUUCUCAAGUAUUGAAUGUUAUCUUUAAACUAGAAAAAUGGAAAAUGUUGAACUAAUUUUUUUGCGUGUAGUUGAUGACUCUCCCAUUGAGUGAAUGAGGAACGCCUGUGAGGGUGGAAAAUGAGGUCACAGGUCCAGUCCCUUUCUGAUUCACUUGGCAAUCUAGCUUCUUUUCAAUGUUGCAUGUACUCAAUCUCAGAUGAACCAUCUCUCACCAUGUCAGUGUUAUCGCUGGCCUUUUCUGGGUAUUUAGGUAUCUCAUCUUAACCCCGGUCUUCAAUGCAAUAGCUGCAUGCUACCACAUUAAAUUACAGAUAUGGGUAUAUUUACAAAUCUGUUUUGACUAUGGAGAUGUGGUUUAUAACACAGACUAGAGAAUGGAAAUCGUGCUCCAGAAAACUGUGCACACACGCAGCUUUCUUCCACCUUGGAUUCCUGUCUCGUGGGAAUAACGAAGGCCUGUGUUUUGUCUUAUUCCAACCAACUAACCAUCAUUAUUUGUUAUUUUCUUUUAUGUUAAUAAGAGAAUUCAGCCUCCAUAGCAGUGUUCAAUCCAGCCAGUCCUACACGUCCUUGCUGUGGGUCACAGAUGAGGAGCUUAUUCAGGUUUUCUGCCCAAGCCAUUAGCUCCGCGUCACACACCAGAGACCCGGGUUAUAGGGACAGUUGUGUUCAUCCUGGUGUUACUCAAAGACAGGUGUGAUCCUGUUACUGAUACUACAAGUGACCUAAAAUGUCACUGUUCAAAUUAGCAAGUGUUCUAACAGAGUAAAUUCUUCAGAUGCUUGGAAAGAUACCAUAAAGCCAGUCUUCACAGAACUGGGCCAGGGUCAAUCAAUGUUGUUUGCAUGUCUAUCGUUCAGGGCUCUAAGGUCCCUGUGUUUCUGCCACUGUUUCAGAGUCGUGACCACUGACUGGGCAAGGCUUCUCAGCAUGGUUGUGGAGCUCUUGUCCUUUCCCCACUAACAGUUGCCUUUGGCUCUCUUGCCUGUUGUGCUUACAAAAUGGUGAUGGCUUAUAGAGGCUCUUAAAUUAAUAUUCCUGUUUAAGGAAAUUAAAGUUUGUCUAUUUUUGACAAUAAAGAAUCAUAUGUUUUUAA